AUGCCGGUUCAAGGGCUUCCAUCUGUUAGUAUUACACCCAUGCGGGAGCUUCUACGGGGGUUUUGUCGUUUCAAUAGCUCUGGGCGGUGGUUGAGCCGGCAACGUCGGGAUCCAUACACUCGGGAGGCUAAAGUCCAAGAGCUACGCUCGAGAGCUGCAUUCAAAUUAAUUGAGAUAGAUGAACAGUUCCGACUAUUCCGCGCUGGUCAGCGGGUGCUUGAUUUGGGCUUUGCGCCUGGUGCGUGGUCACAGGUUGCUCACCAGCGUACUCAGCCUGGCGGAAAGGUCAUGGGCGUGGACGUGCUACCGUGCAAGCCACCUACCGGGGUGAGCUCGAUCCAGGCAAACGUACUAUCGCGGAAGACGCAUGAACUGGUGCGGCUAUACUUUUCGCGACACUUUCAGCUAAACAUGCAUGAUGAGCUGCACAAAAAGCACGGCUAUUUCCAGCACAUGCUCGAGGAGCGGCUGGAGGAACUACAGAAAGACAACAGUUUCCAGCCUCUGUAUGGCAUGGCAGACCCAGUACACGAACAUCCUUUGGAUGUGGUCCUCAGCGAUAUGUAUGAGCCUUGGCCCCAAGUAACUGGGUUUUGGAACAAUUUUACUAAUGCAGCAUAUUCCAGGAUGGCUAACACGUCUGGGGUGGCGGUGAAAGACCACUACAUGUCGAUGGACUUGUGUGACGCAGCACUGCUAUGUGCAAUUGCAUUGUUGAGGCCCGGUGGCUCAUUCGUUUGCAAGUUAUACACUGGCAAGGAAGACCAGCUAUUAGAACGGCGUCUGCGAAAGGUAUUCACCAAAGUGCGGCGUUUUAAGCCGGAAGCAUGCCGAUCUGAAUCCAAAGAACUUUACUUUGUCGGACUGGACAAACGGAAAGAUAUUGAUAAGGUUGCCGUGUUUACGCAAUGA